AAAGCUUUCGUGAGAACUAUCGCCUGAUGCCUCCGCCCUAGGCAGUGCACCCGAUUGCCGGUUAUCGAUAACGCCCGCAUUCUGCCGGUCACUGUUUGUUGUUGCCACUGUCGUUCCUGGCGAUUCCUGUUGGUUGGAGAUCGGCGCUGGACACACGCAUAUAGCUGACAACAUGGGCCUCCUGUCCGACCCAUCUAUUUCGACGCAGAGCAAGCUGGUAGACGGCCUGGCGCGUCAUGUGCGGAAAGUGUGUCUUGUGCUCUAUGUGGCGGGUGUGGUCUGGUUCUUCUGCCUAGCCCUGCCGGAGUUCAACCACGGCACCUACCUCUCAGAGAACGCCCUGUCCCCAGGCCUUGUUUACCCGGAGAUUCGCGUGGAUGCCAAUCGGCUGGCCAUCCAGUUGCUGGAGGAGCUGCAUCGCGAGCGGACGAAUCAUGUGUCGACGACGCCCCACGCCUGGAUAGCGGCCAAGAUGAACGAGUUCGGCCUGGAGACGCACACCCAUAACUACACCCUGAGAUAUCCCUUUGGAGGCGGCAAGGAGUACCACGGAAAGAAUGUCUACGGGAUUCUGCGCGCGCCCCGCAUUGCCUCCACGGAGGGCAUUGUUUUCACUGCUCCUUACCGUGCUGCCAGCUCCGUGCACACGGACAUCUCGCCCAGCGUUCCCCUGCUGCUGGCUUUUGCCGACUUCGCCCGGCGCAAGAACUACUGGGCCAAGGACCUCAUCUUCCUCGUCACCGAGCAGGAGCAGCUGGGCAUGCAGGCCUGGCUGGAGGCCUACCACGAUGGCGACCGGGUGCCGGAUGCCAACAGGACCUACUUGCGCCCGGGGAAUCUGCCCGCUAGAGCCGGUUCCCUGCAGGCUGCUCUGAAUAUUGAAGUGCAGGACCUGGAGAUUGACUAUGUGGAUGUGAGGAUCGAGGGGCUGAACGGCAAGCUGCCCAACCUGGACAUGUUCAACCUGGUGCAGCGCAUCAUGGCCCGCGAGGGUAUCGCUUCCGGCUACAAGCAGGCGCCGCGCAAGAAGCGCCGCCACAGCCAGUCCGUCUACGAGCAGAACCUCCGCGGGAUGCUCUCCAUGCUGGCCAGCCAGGCUUCGGGUGUACCGACCGGCAAUCACGGACUAUUCCACCGUUACAGGAUUGACGCCCUCACCAUAGCCGCUGCCAGGCGGCAGACACAUGCCACGCUGAAGGGGAACCCCGGAUCGGCGGCAGUUCCGCUGCUGAAGGCCAUCGAGGGCAUCUCCAGGAGCCUGAACAACCUGCUGGAGCGCUUCCACCAGAGCUUCUUCUUCUACGUGAUUGUGAACAACGACCGCUACAUCUCGAUUGGGGACUACAUGCCGGCCUUGGUGGCGUUGGUGGCUUGCGCCUUCGUAAAAGCCUACUUGAAGUGGGCCACGCUCCCGUCCGCCUCCGAAAUGGAAGCAGCAGCGGCGGCGGCCUCAGCAGCUGGCUCAGAGAGCGAGCUCCCGUCUCCUGGGGAAGCGGAGCCCGACGAACCCUUCGACCUGCCCUACGGUUCGGUGCUCAUUUAUCUGGUGGCCACUCUGGCGAUAGGGUAUCUGUGCAACGUGCUGCCCCUGCAGCAGUACUUCCUGGAGAUCCCCAUGGGCGCCGCUCCGCUGACCACCUCUGUGCUCAGCUUCCUCUCCCUCAUCGGCUUCAUCCUGCCGUUCGUGGUGGUUCUGCCGCCGGGUGGCCUGGAGCUGCUGCACGUGGCCUUCCUCUUGAUAUACGGCUGUGCCAUGAUCGCCAUCGGGCUGCUGAACUUCGCCCUUGGAUUCUUCGUGGCGGUGCUGACGGUGCCGCUGGUAAUCUCCCUGGAGACCUCCGAGGAGAACACGAAGAGCUCGUUCCGAAACUCGAUCAGGCUGCUCACCCUGAUCCUGAAUCCCAUGAUGAUUGUGUACGUGAUAGUGCUGGCGAUGACCUUCUACCAAUUCCCCGAGCUGCCUAUGCAGAAGAUCAUGCUCCGGGCGGCCACGGCGGCCAUGGAUGCCUCUGCCUACGGCCUCAUCGAUUCCGUGAUUUAUGGAAACUUCCUGUACUUUGUCGUCUCUACGGUGCUGCUGCCCCUGUGGAUCCUCUGCUGGACACUGGCGCUGUCCAAGAGGCGGGACUACGCCGACUACCUGGACUUCGACGAGGCGCCUUCGCCGCAGCCUCCGGCUCCGCCCGCGCAGCGACAGGCCAAGCUGAAGAGGAACUGAACUGGGCCGCAGGAGGUGGUCGCCGUCUACAUAUAUCAACCGGAAGUUAUCCUAAGAUUGAGUGUGAUACAACAACAAAACAAAGCGGGAGGUGGUGGUGUGCGAGGAGGAGGGCGCGCCAGGCACUCCCAUCUGAAAUUCCAUUUAAAUGUUAUGCAUUUGAUUAAAUGUCUAAAUAAAUGAAACCUAUUUAUUAGUUGGAAACUA